AUGACCGAAUACGAUCAACAACAUAGUCAACGUGGAUAUCAACAAUAUGAUCAACGUGCGUAUCAACAAUACGAUCAACGUGAUCAUCAACAAUAUGAUCAACGUGAUCAUCAACAAUAUGAUCAACGUGGUUAUCAACAAUAUGAUCAACAACAACCACAACAACGUCCAACAAUACUUGAACGUGGUCGAGCUAUACGAUUAAUGAGAAAUGGAGAUUCAUUUUUUCCUGGUCGAAAUUUUGUUAUUAACCAAAAAAGAUAUCCAAUGUUCGACGUAUUCUUAGAUGAUGCAUCACGAACAUUACGUGCUAAUUUUGGAGCUGUUAGAUGUAUUUAUACACCAAAACAUGGUACACGAUUACAAGAUAUAUCUGAUUUUGAAGAUCAUCGAACAUAUGUAGCAGCUGGUGGAGAAAAAUUUAAAAAGCUUCAUUAUCUUGAUAUUGCAGAAGGUAAACGUGUUGCAACUAAAGGACAAACAUCACCUAAAAUUCAACUUCCACCUGUUCGACGUAUAGAUGUUGAAGGACGAGCAUUAAAAUUAUCUCGAUCAGAAAAUGUUAUAAUCUAUGUAUAUCGAAAUGGUGAUCCAUUAACAUUACCAGCUAAAGUUCUCUUAGUAAAACCAACAUUACCAAAUUGGGAAUCAGUACUCGAUGAAAUUACAAAAAAAGUAUCACUUACAAAUACUGCAGUAUUAAAAAUAUAUGCAAUGAAUGGAGAAUUAAUAACAUCAUCACGACAACUUGAAUAUAAUGGAAUGUAUGUUGCAGCUGGUAAAGAACGUUUUAAACGUGUUGAAUAUCCUGAUCCACAAUUACUUAGUCCAAAUUCUUCACCAAAAAUAUCAAGAAAAUCUGUUUAUCCUCGAAUAAGAUUACCUCCACGACAAAGGAGGACUAAUGAUUCUAGUGUUCAUCAUAAUCAUCAACCAGCAUCCUCUCUUACACAACACAGAUAUACAAAAUCCGAUGGAACAAAUACAAAUACAAAUACAACUACAGCUAAUUCUUAUGGAAGUACAGAAAAUACUGUACAACGGCGUCCUGCUCGAGAAGAAUAUGAUUUUUUUAAUAAUAAAUCACAACAACAUCGACGUGGUCCAACUAAAGAGACCGAUCUUGAUCGAGAUGACGGUGGUAUUUAUAAAGGUCGAUUAACUAAUCGAGAACGUGCACGUGAAGUUGAUGAAACACGAGAUACAAAAGUUGAUUUACCAGUUGAUUAUAGACAAGCUGAAACUGUUGAAGAAGAAAGUUUAUAUGGAAAUGUUCGAAAGAAUCCUGAUCGUCAUCAUCAGUUACCACCCAAUCAACCAUUUCCUGAUUCUCGACAACAACCAAUUAAAAAUCAACCAAAAAAUUAUAAUCAUGAUGAUGAUGAUGAUAAUAAUCGAUAUUCAUAUACUAAUAAUCGAAGUAAUGGUUACAAUAAUGAUUAUCAUUAUCGUAGUCAAACACCAAUUGAUGAUGAUCAAAUUGAACAACAAUUACCUCAUUCAUCAUAUCAAAAACCACUUAAAUCACCAAGUACACAGACUCAAUAUGAUCGAGAACAACAUCAAAUGCAUGACACAGAAAGCAAAAUAGAUUCAUAUCAUCAAUCAUCGAAAGUAACCAAGCGUGAAUAUGAUGAUGACAAUGCUUAA